UGGCGUGGCGAAGGCCUGGUCGUGGGCUCACUUCGGUCAGGGUUCAGGCCCGAUCCUGCUCGAUGCUGUGAAGUGCACGGGAAACGAGCUCUUCUUGGAGCAGUGUCCCCAUGGCGACUGGGAGCAGCACAACUGUGACCACAUGGAGGAUGCUGGGGUCUCCUGCAGCCCUUAUACAGACGGUGUGGUGCGUCUGGUUGGAGGAGACAGUCCCUGGGAGGGUCGGGUUGAAGUUUUCCACAACGGCGACUGGGGGACGGUGUGUGACGACCACUGGACCCAGCAUCAUGCAGAGGUGGUGUGCAGACAGCUGGGCUACAGGUAUGGAAACAGCCUUGAGAGAU